UGUCAAUAGUGGCGCCGGCUAUUUGUAAGCUCGCUGGUCUCCUAUUCUGAUCUGCUCACAACAAAAUGUCUCUUCUUCUCUCAAUUUCAACCGCCGCCGCUACGAUCUUUACGGUUUUGCUAUUUCUCUACUCAUGUUUGAGGAUCCUCAAAAGCAAACCAAACAACUACAGACUCCCACCGAAAGCAGGCGGCGCUUGGCCUGUGAUUGGCCACCUCCACCUCCUCGGUGGGCCACAACCGCCGCACAAAACUUUAGGCGAUAUGGCUGACAAAUACGGCCCCAUCUUCACAAUCAAUUUGGGCGUCCAUCGUGCUCUGGUGGUAAGUAACUCCGAUGUUGCCAAAGAGUGCCUAACAACCCAUGACAAAGUCUUCGCAAAUCGUCCAAAGAGUCUAGCCACUGAGCACUUGGGUUACAAUCAGGCCUUGUUCGGUUUCAGCUCAUACGGUCCAUACUGGCGUCAAAUGCGCAAGAUUACCACACUCGAGCUCCUCUCCAGCCACCGCCUCGAGACGCUUAAACACGUACGAGAAUCGGAGAUCAAGAAUUCCAUAAAACAGUUGUACCAAUUAUGGGUCCAAGCUCAAAGCGCGUCACCGAUGAGUCAAGUUUUAGUGGAUCUGAAGAAAUGGUCCGGAGACGUAACUGCGAAUGUGAUCUUUAGGAUAAUUGUGGGUAAGCGAUCUGUGAGCGAGGAGGGUCAGGAGGAUGUAAGAUGGAAAAAGGUGUUGAGGGAUUUUAUUGAGUUGUCGGGGAAAUUUGUUGUGGCUGAUGCGUUGCCAUUUUUGAGGUGGUUGGAUCUGGGAGGUGAUGAGAAGGCCAUGAAAAAGACGGCCAAAGAAUUGGAUGGUUAUGUCGGGGAGUGGUUGGAAGAUCACAAGAAGAAGAAGAGAUUAAGUUAUGGUGGUGAUCGGAUUGUAGAAGAAGAUUUCAUGGACGUCAUGCUCUCCAUUCUUGAUGACGAUAGUCAACCGGAAGAGCUCACUGUUUAUAGUGCUGAUACUGUAAACAAAGCUGCAAGCCUGGGUCUUAUUAUGGCAGGGUCAGACACUACUACGGUUACUUUGGUAUGGGCCUUAUCACUACUAAUCAACAACCGUCAUGUCCUGAAUAAGGCGCAAGAAGAGUUGGAUGCCCACAUCGGACGAGAAAGGUUAGUGAAAGAAUCAGACAUGAAAUCUCUGGUCUACAUAGAAGCUAUCAUAAAGGAAACAUUACGGUUAUAUCCUGCUGGACCACUUUCGGUGCCCCACGAAUCCGUGGAAGAUUGCAAUGUGAGCGGAUACCAUGCCCCGUCUGGGACUCGGCUUCUUUUCAAUCUCUGGAAAAUUCACCGUGAUCCGAACAUAUGGGGGGAGGAUCCUUGCGAGUUUCGGCCAGAACGAUUUCUCACAACUCACAAGCACGUUGAUGUUAAGGGCCAGAACUUUGAGCUUAUACCAUUCGGAGCUGGGAGAAGAAUUUGCCCUGGAGUCUUGUUUUCUGUUCAAGUCCUGCAACUCACACUCACUAAUCUACUUCAUGGCUUUGAUAUCUCAACACCAAAUGAUGAACCCAUUGAUAUGACGGAGAGCAUUGGAUUGACAAAUCUUAAAGCAACGCCAAUUGAAGUGGUUCUCAGUCCACGUCUCCCACCUCAUUUUUAUGCAUAAUUUAUGUAUAAUUUAUCGCAUCACAUAAGUAUAUAUGUAUGCUACAUCCGAAUCACAAGUUUGGAGUUGUGGUAAAGAUGGUGUGUGUAUAACCCUA